CCAGACUCGGAGCUUGGACCGCGACCUGACGCGCUUUGUCAUUACAGUUGUGCCCCGUCGCGUCCGCAAGUUUUCUGCGCCACUCUUCAACCUUCGUCUGGUCGGAUGCUUCGCACAACAGUUCCGAGAAAUGAGUGCGCAAAUCGAUCCAGGCGAUGACCUAGCGAAUCUAGAGAAGCUGCGGUCACGGCUAGAAGAUGGCAUUUUGAAGCUCCGAACCGCCUUGAACCACUGGCAGGCAUGGGAUUUUGAGUAUGAAGCUCUCAAGGAAGAGUUUCAGGCUCUCAAGAAUCCUUCGCAGGAGCAAAUCCUGCAAGUGUUUGUUACGUUCGGAGGUGAUCUAGUUGACCAAACCGAAAUCAAGGAACUUAGUGGUGUCGCUAAAGGUCUGCAGAGGACUUCCAGUCAGAUCGCUGAUAUCAUUACUAGAAGGCAAGACUACGUGCGCAAGAAUGUUGAUAGUGUGUCGAAACAGCUCAGCGCCUCCGAAGAAAAACUGCAGAGCCUUCUCGGAGUCAAACAAGAGUUCCAGGACGAGCAUGGACUACCAAUCAUGGACAUUGUUGAGGAGCUUGACGAUGAUGGCAAUGUAAUUUCAGGCAGCGUUGCUGCUCCGAGCCAAGCGGCCUCCAAAAUAGUCGAAGCUUUAGAUAAAGCCGGGAUUAAUCUAGGCGCCAACGAUGCUCCCAAUACCGAAUCGACUAAUACGAGCAGUCCGCCACCGCCGACGUCAACAGACACGGAGCCUGAAGAGACUGAUCCCACCAUAGCCGAUCAGAGUGGUGGAGACCCACCUGCUCCGGUCAAGAAAUCCGUGUCAUUUUCGGAGGACACCAAAGCUGCUACCAUUGAAUCUUCUAAGGAAGCCACAUCAGCUUCUUCGAACAGACGAUUGAACCCUGAUAUUGCUCGAGGCUUUUUCAUGACCGAUCCAAGUGGACCCUCCCGCAUCAUAGAACUCGAUGACGAAGACCUGCCUAUCGGCUCUAUGCCUAUUCAGCUCCAGGCAGACACGCGCGAUGAAGCCACCAUCAGACGCGAGAUGCUAGAGUACGUUCAUGAAGUCGGUUCCGUCGUGGCGGAGAUUAAUCUCGAAGAAAACGGCAGCGACUACGAGGACGAGGACGAAGACGAUGAUGAAUCCUAUGAUGAAUCCUAUGAUGAUGAGUUUGAGCCAGACACCGAGGAUGAAGAUGAAAAUGAAUUUGGGAUGACAACGCAACCAGUAAUUACCGACGCCUAUCGAGAAAAGAUGCUAGAGCUUGAGCGAAAGCUUAAUGCGCGCAUGAUAGAAAACGUUGGACCUAAACAAGACGAUGAGAUGAAAGAGCUGGAGGUCGACAAGGAACUUAAUCAGUCCGCACACAGGCUAGUAGUGCGAAACAAGGAAAAUCUGACAAGCGUUCCAUCCAUGGGUGAAACAAGAACAGAUGCUAGGAAGAAAGGUGUCAGAUUUGCGCAAGAACUUGAUAUCUCUUUGAAAACCGACAACACACCGACACCUACAAUCACCUCGCAGUCACCGAAGAAGCAUAUACCAGCAACCUUCAGCGAAGCCAUUACCGAACGUCAAGCGCCUCGAGCAGUAUCUACCGUCGAACCUCCGAAAACCAAGAGAGUGUCCCGUUUCAAGUCGGAACGCGGCAGCGCCAAACUAGAGCCCUCUGUACCUAGAUCCGACAUAUCUCAGGAUAUCAAAGUUGGGCGCUCCUUCCAAGCAUCUGAACAAAUUCGCCAGCGUUCUGUUCCCACUGGUCCCAAGGGACAAAUUCUUUCCGCAGCCGUGAUCGAGCGCGACGCAAUAAAUCCUAGCAUCACUAGCCCGGAUGAGCUCGACCCUGAACUCAUACGUCGCGAAGCGGAGGCAGAGUUUCACAAGAUGCGAAACCACAUGAUUCAGCGGCAGGGUGGUUUUCUCCCAGCAGACGGCGAGGAAGACGACUUAAGCACCUUAGUGGAAGAAAAGGAAGAUGGCACAUUGAAGCCGGUCAGUAGAUUCAAGGCUGCGCGAUUGAAGGCAGCGGGUAAUGCUUGAAAGGUAGAAGAUAUGACUUCAUUACAAAAAUGUUUAGCCUAUUGCAGUUGUGUGGAUGGUGACAAUGAUGACACGGAGCAUACGCAUACAAGCUUGGUCUAGCAUCUUGCUUCGGAGGAUUUCCAAGUCAUGGAUUCUCUCCUCU